CUGAAGGAUUGUACCCCAUACAGACCCCACAGCAUGUUACUCUCAAGAGAACUUUAAUGUCACUCCAUACAAUGCCAUGGCUUUUGUCAUCAUCACACUUCAGACAUUUGCUGGCUUGUGGAUAAAUGGUUUCAUUGUUUCUGUGCUGUGUGUUGCUUGGGUGAAAAAGAAAAUCUUUAACUCUAAUAAUAAGAUCUUGCUCUUUCUGGGAUGCUGCAGGUUUGGGGAUUUGUGCAUCACAUGGGUAUUUUCAUUUCUUUCAAUUAUAUAUCCUCAGUGCUUUUAUGUUCACCCCAUGCCCCAAAUGUUUUCAAGUAUUAGAACCUUUCUAUACUUUUGCAACCUGUGGGUUUCUGCCUGUCGUUGUGGGUUUUAUUGUAUAAAAAUUGCUAAUUUCAGGCUCACCUUCUUCAUCUACCUGAAGAUAAAAAUUGACAGGAUGGUACCUUGGCUUUUCUUGGUUUCAGUGCUUUUUGCACUGGUCAUGGGAAUCCUUGACUAUGACAUCACUUACACAGCAAUUGUUAAAAAUCUCAAUUCCACCACCCUGAAAAAUUUCUGGGCAGCAAGUGUCAAAAUAGAUGAACAUAUCCAUACAAUGUUUUUAAUCAUUGGCUUCACGUUAACCACCAUGUUCACGGUGGUCAUUUGUUUUGCCCUCCUCCUCCUCUUUUCUCUCUGGAGACACAAAUGUAGGAUGCAGGCAAACUCAAUGAGGAACCUCAGCAUGGAUGUCCAUAUCAAAGCCAUUAAAUCUAUCCUGUCAUUCAUCUUUCUUUACAGCAUCAGCUUCACAGGAUCCAUCUUGUCACUGAUUCAUGCCAAUAAGAUGGAAACUCUUCUGAUGUUUUUCAUUUUAAUAUUUCAAUAUGCUCUUCCAGUCACUCAUUCUCUUAUCCUGAUUUUUAGCAAUCCCAAACUGGAAAAGACAUUUCUAAGGACUCUGCCCUGUGUGAAGUGGAAGUUUCAGAAGGGGUAAGAGCUAUACAAAGAGCUGGAACCCAUCAAAAUGCAUGAUAUUUUUAUAGAAAAAAGAUCAGCUUAACCUCUAAUGCAGCUGUAGAGUU